AUGGUCGCUCCGAUUGGUUCCUGUGUGGAGAUCCCCUGCACUUAUUUUCCUAUCAGGGAGUCUGAGAAAUCCAGUAUUGUAUGGUAUUUACAUGAUAGACUAUAUUAUAUAGAGAUAUUUAACAGCAGAACAUCCUCGUCAGUAAGAAAUGACUACAGACGCCGAACCUCAUUGGUACCCGGAGGAAGCUGCACUCUGAGGAUAGACCCAGUGAGAAGAGAAGAUGAAGGUCACUAUUAUCCAGGAGUAGCAGGAAGUAACAGCAAGAAUGCAUACAGCAUGUAUAAUAGGACUAUUUACCUCGCUGUCACAGAUUCCCCAGCAAAGCCUGUACUACGCGGGUCUGGCGAUAUGACGGAAGGAAUUGCCACCAUUAUCCGUUGCUAUGCAGAUCACACGUGUGCCAGCAACCCUCCUUCUCUAGAAUGGAACAAACCUGGACCGACCAAUAGACAAUCAGUAACAUUAUCUGGAGGGAACUGGAGAGAAGUAUCAGAACUUACUUAUAUUCCUACAUAUGUGGACGAUGGGGCAAUCGUUCAAUGCACCGCCACCUAUCCUAAUGGACUAAGAAUCCAGAAUGAAGCUGUAUUGAUCAUCAAAUUCCCACCAAAAGGUGUGACUGUCACAUCUGUUCUAACACCAGGAGGUGAUGCGCAUUUAUCAUGCGGAAGCAGAAACUCCAAGCCAGCCGUAUCUAAAUAUGAAUGGUACAGAGGGAAGAAUAAAGCUAAAUUACAAGUCCGGCAACAAAUACUCAUAGUGAAGAAUGUGACAUGGGACAUGGAGCCCUAUUCCUGUACUGCAAUAAAUGACGUGGGUAGUGGAGAGUCUGCGCUAACAGAGAUUCCUGUGCAAUAUGCUCCUAUCAAAGUUCACAUUAUUCAAUCUGAACCCAAAGACGGAGUCACUGAGCUGAAGUGUGAUUUCCUGAGCAGCAGACCCAACGUGACGCACUACAGCUGGAUGAAGAAUAACUCUUUGCUACCAAAUGAAACCGGACAGAUCCUACUGGUAAUCAAAACGGAAAAGAAUAAUGGAAUCUACUCUUGUAUCGCACACAACAGGGCUGGGAGUUCCCCCUCUGAAGAGGUCUACAUUGAAGGAAAGGCUGAAGAACAGACAAACAUUGUUGUUUAUUUGGCAAUAUCUGGAAUAAUCUGUCUUCUUCUGUUUUUACUCAUUAUCUACUUUUGUUGGAGAAAGAACAAAUGUCAGCAGUCACCAAGCAAUGAGACCACAGAACUCCAAGAAGCCACAUACACGGAUCUAGUGAAAAGUGGUAUGUCAGCUCCUUAUGACACUUUAAAGCCUGUAAUCACAGUCACAGGAAGGAUCAGAGCCACAAUUCCCGAAUAUGAAAAUGUCAACGUUUGAAAAAUAAAUAAAUAAAACACGUUUCUUACAACUACAGUA